CGCAUGUCCAGAGGCGUCGCGGUUGGGGCGGCGACGGUACUUUUCCCUCUUGUGGGAUUCCUCAACGACGGAAGUGGCAGGCGUGCCUGCACCGUCAUGUACUCCGAGGACAAUGGGGAUAAUUGGAGGCUUCCUGCGGCGCCUCUGGUUGCUGAGGACUGUGACAGUGCCACGCUUCUCGAGUGGGCGGGGAAACUCUUUAUGGCCACCUCCGGAUUUUCUUCUCAGUGGCGGCGCAGGGUCUUCGAAUCCGGUGACGGGGGAAAAACGUGGAGAGAGGCCGCCGGGCCGGUCUUGCGCCUGUUGGGCGACGCCUACGCAUUGACGACGGUCCACGUUGCUUCCGACCUCAUGACUGCAACCAUUGCGGGCAGGAGUGUGCUGCUGUACACCACGCUGUCGGAGCAUAGUGUUGGGCGCCAAACGCACCACUUCCUCCACCUGUGGCUCUCCGACGGUGCUCGGACCCCCCUGGCGUAA